ACAACAACAACAACAUUACAUAUAUACCCACACACACAGGACAGCAUAACAGAGACAGACAUGUGCCCAUAAAAAUGAACAAUUGCCAACAAACAAAGAACCUUUUGCUUUUUUAUUUCUCUCUCUCUCUCUGCGUCGCUCAGAUGAUGGCUUUGUCAUGGCGAUGCUGAGAAUGGCCAUGCCUCACAAUGCCAACAACACUUCCAACCAUCAAUUCGUGCUCCAUGACUUUCUCGGCAUGAAGUCCGCCGCUGAUUCCCCCAAAACCGCCGAUGUCAGGCUGCCGGAGCCCUCCGCUUCCGCCUCCUCCGCCGGAGCACGUGGCCCCUUCUCCUCCACCUCUGACAUCGCUUCCGAGAAACAGGUAGGAAAUCAUCUAGAGGGAGUUCCAUUCUAUGGCCCGAGGAGUGAUUUUUCUGGCACUGAGAUAAGUAACAGAUUAGUGGGAAGCAAGAGAAGUAAUUCUGAUUCCACUUUUAUGGGUUCCUCCAGAGAUGCCUUCCAAAUGGUCCCUGAUUCCUUUCAAAACUCACAUUUGAUGAAGGUCCUUCGGAAUGCAGCUGGAGGAGAGAGGUCUAGGAGACCCAAUGACGAUGAAGUGUUACUUGGUAUGCAGUCAAUGAAGCCAUCUUCUUCCCAGAUAUUUCAGCCUCCCACAAGCACUAAGAUUGAUGCGAAUAAGUGGGAGCGAUCCAUUCUCAUGAAUGUUGGCCCAUCCAUGCAGCAUCCGCCGCGUGGAGGGCAAUUGGCGCCUUUUGUGCACCAAAUGGCUUCGAGCAAGAUUAGGGAUACCAAUGCUGGUCCUUCAUUCAUCUCUCAGUCAGCUGCUGAUGAAGGAUCUAGAACUGGAAUCAAGGGCCCUGGAAUUUUAAGUUCUAUGAAUACAAAUGCUACAGCCACUGAGAAAGCUUCAUCUGCAGUGCUGCUUGGUGGCUGCAGGCCGAAGCCUGUAACUAAUAUAAUAGAGUCAUCCACACCUCCAAGCAGUCAACAUGGGCUAACAUCUGCCAGUCGCCAGAUGACUAUUUUUUAUGGAGGCCAAGCUCAUGUUUUUGAUGAUGUUCACCCUCAUAAGGCAGAUGUUAUAAUGGCUUUGGCUGGUUCAAAUGGUGGAUCUUGGUCCACUGCAUUCUCACCUAAAUCUGCUGCAAAGAUGGUUAGUGACGGUAACUUGCACACCGGAGAAAAUGAAACAGGUGUAGUGAGUAAUGUGGCGUUCCCACACGAGCUUCAUGGAAAAUUGUCUAUUACUGGCAGUUCUAGCCAUGCCGUCGGGCCCGGUGAUCGAGUGUCUACUCCAGCAGGGGCACACCAAGGAAGCGUUUUUGCGAUAGAUACUAGAAAUCCAGUCCAACCACCAGAUCCGAGUUCUGAAGACAAAAGAGCACAGUGAUAGAGUCUGAGGAUUAAAGGUUGUGUUUGUGUUCCUAUUUAUUGAAAGGCUUAAGGGCUUUCUCUUAUUCUGAGUUCCAUUGGGGUAUCAUCCAUUUGUCAAAUUUUCUUCUUAUCUUUCAACCCCCAAAAAGAAUUUGGUUUCUACUCUCCCUUCUUAUCUUUCAUUGUUGGAAAUAUCUAUAUUGCAGUUUAGUCAAAUUAUUGGGGAAAGUAGCUCUUUUGUAGGAAUAACUUAUAUGAAAGCUGAGCUUUGCGAUUUCA